AUAAGGUUAGGGCAUUGUCUCCAACCUUGUUGUGCCUAGCCCUAUAGUCCCAGUUUUGCACCCAUGGAGGAGUUUCUAGUUUUUCCCUAGAUUCUAUUUUUCAUCUUCUACCAAAAAAAUCAAGAAUACAUUUUGAUCUGUUUAGGGUUAGGAGGUGUGGAUCCGCGCAGAAUAUUAAAUUGAUCGUCAAUUUUCCUCAAAAAAGAAAAAAAAAGUAAAAAAUUAGGGUUUCCCACCUGUGUUCGUUGCCGCCACAACCUAUACAAUACAAUACAACCAUAUAAAUAUUUGGUGUUAUCUUCUUACAUAUAUUUUUCUGAUCUGUAGAUUUUUUGUUUUGAUUUUUUUCAUUUUCACUCUGUAAUUCUCACAAAUACGAAAAAAAAUAGAAUUUUCGAAUUGAUUUUAUCUUUUUUUUUUCCUCCGGCAAUUGGGCGUAAUUUGUCAAAAUUUAAGAUUGAAUUUUUGAGCGCUUGAAUUCUGAACUGGGAUUAGGGACAAAGGGUUUUUUCUUCGUGUAUAUUCAGUAGCAAAAUAAAAAUUCUUCUAUUUGGGUUAAUAUCUAAAGGAGUUGAAGAAAAUGGAUAAGAAGAAGGUUAUAGCUCCAUUGGUUUGCCAUGGGCAUUCUCGUCCAGUUGUCGAUUUGUUCUACAGCCCCGUAACACCGGAUGGUUUCUUCCUUGUUAGUGCAAGCAAGGACUCAACACCCAUGUUGAGAAACGGAGAGACUGGAGAUUGGAUUGGAACUUUUCAAGGCCAUAAAGGCGCAGUGUGGAGUUGUUGCCUGGAUAAAUAUGCGAUCCGUGCUGCCUCUGCAUCUGCUGAUUUUUCUGCGAAAUUGUGGGAUGCAUUGACUGGGGACGAGUUGCAUUCUUUUGAGCACAAACACAUAGUCCGUGCUUGUGCUUUCUCAGAGGAUACGAACCUGCUACUAACUGGGGGAAUGGAAAAAGUUCUUCGAGUAUUUGAUUUAAAUCGGUCUGAUGCACCCCCUAGGGAACUCGAAAAGUCCCCCGGUUCUGUGAGAACCAUUGCUUGGCUCCACAGUGAUCAGACGAUCUUAGGUUCGUGUACUGAUAUGGGUGGGGUGAGGUUAUGGGAUGUAAGAACUGGCACUAUUGUUCGGACACUCGAGACAAAGUCUUCAGUAACCAGUGCCGAAGUGAGUCAAGACGGGCGCUAUAUAACAACUGCCGACGGGUCAACUGUUAAGUUUUGGGAUGCAAAUCACUUUGGAUUGGUGAAAAGUUACGACAUGCCCUGUGUUGUGGAGUCAGCUUCGUUGGAGCCGAAGUACGGCAACAAGUUCAUUGCUGGUGGAGAAGACAUGUGGAUUCGUGUGUUUGAUUUUCAUACUGGAGAAGAAGUUGGGUGCAACAAGGGGCACCACGGACCAGUUCACUGCGUGCGUUUUUCGCCAGGUGGCGAAUCUUACGCGUCUGGUUCUGAAGAUGGGACAAUUAGAAUAUGGCAAACAGGUCCUUCGAACAAUGCAGAGCAAGAGGGUUCUUCGACUGUUAAGGAUGUUUCGGAAGAGAUUACUCGAGAGAUUGAGAAUGUGCAUAUUUCUUCUGCCCAAGAAGACAAGACUGCUGAUAUCAGCGAUAACCCGACUAAUCAAAAGGCAACGGAGAAUGAAUAGGAGGUCGUAUUUUUUUUUUCCUUUUUUGGAGUGUCCGUCUGUGUGUUGUAGUUUUUGUGGGGCCCUGUGUGGUGGCGUAAAUGGUUGUGCCAUUUUUAUCUUUUGAAAUAAAGAUGAGCUUAUUAAUAUGCUGUUUUAUCUUGUCGGUUGGUCGUGUUCGUUUUAUCUUGGUCUCGAAAGUAAAAUUUGAUGGAAUUUUAGCUACUUUGGUGGAAUUA